UGCCACCCUCUGCGAUGGCCCCCUCAUUCCCCAUUACUCACGAGCGAGACAAAGGCAGCAAAAAUGUCCUCGGGAUGCAGCCGGUCCUGCAUGUAUCUGCGGAUCAGUUGAGCAUUGACCCGGUGUGAUUCCUGCUGGUCUUCCGUCUGCACUUCCGACACAGCCACAUCCACGACGCGCAAUGCAUCCACAUCGGUCAUCCACCCAAAGCGCUCAUGGAUGGCCCAGAAAAGCACCGAGUCGAGCCCAUUCCCAUCCGCAAGACAGUUUUCUGGAUAUUUGCGGAUGAAUCCAGCGGCGGCGGCGGCGAAUCGUCGUUGCAGUCCAGUCGGGAUCACAGAACGAUUGCGCAUGUCUGCGUGGCGUACCACCGAUCGGAGCGUCUCAAAGUCCAGGUCGCGUUCUGUUUGAUCCGGACUCCGGGCGGCACACUGCUCGAAGAAAGUGGCCAGAAC